AUGCAUCUUUAUUGCGAACAGUGUGUACGCACAGCUCAAAAACGCAAGAUUCGAACGGAUCAUUCUAAUGUGUUGAAGAAGGCAUAUAACAAGAUAAACAGUCAAGAAAAGGAGUUCGAAAAACAAAUAGCAGAUGGCAAGCUGGAGGCUGCACUCGCUGCGGCCGCGCAGGCGCAUGCAGCAGCCGCCGCUGCAGCGGCGGCCUCGUCAAGUGCCGCUGCCUCGACUAGUCAAGCUCAGAACUUGAGCACCAAACCUAAUCCUUUACAAGGAACCCCUCAACGCAGUGGAACCAGCACUCCAACAGUGCGAAAGGCAGCGACCCCGGUCCCACCCUCUACGACUCCACUUCCAAAAGUUAAUGCCGCAUCUUCAUCUUCGACAUCAAACCCUCCUUCUCUUAAGAAAUCGAGUAGCGCUCCAGGGUUGAAUAUG